AUGCUUGUAAAUCUGACACGACGAGACCACUUCACUCUUCUGGGGUUCCCUGGACUACACCCUCAGUAUUAUGGUCCUGUGUCUGCUGUGAUGUUCUUUGUCUAUAUUGCAAUUGGUUUUGGAAACAUUUUUAUUUUAGUUUUUGUCAUGUGUGAGAAAAAAAUUCAGAAACCAACAUAUCUGAUCUUCUGUCACAUUGCACUCAGCGACUUGACUUUUGGAACUGUCACUCUCCCAAAGAUUAUUGCCAAGUACUGGUUUGGCAACAGUCUCAUCUCAUUCUAUGGCUGUUUUGUUCAGAUGUUUUUUAUUCAUUAUUUGGGAUCUGUUCAGUCUUUUAACCUGAUGGUGAUGGCCCUGGACCGGUUCAUAUCCAUUUGUCUUCCAAUGCGUUACCCUGUCCUCAUUUCAAACACUGUUGUGUCCGUGCUCUGUGGGAUUUCCUGGUUUAUUCCACUACCAAUAAUGAUUACAGUAGUUCUGCAGACAGUGUUUUUACCUUUUUGUAAAUCUAAUGUAAUUGCUCAAUGCUACUGUGACCGUAUAUCUAUAAUAAGUCAGACAUGUGCUGAAAACAUUCUGUCACUUAAUACAACUGCCGUAUCUUUAGCCAUGUUCUGCCUUCUGCUUCCACUGGCAUUCAUUCUAUUCUCCUACACUUCUGUCAUUGUAGUGAUUUUGAAAAUGACAAAUGCAAAGGGACGUAGAAAGACAUUUUCAACAUGUACUUCACAAAUAUUAAUUACAUGUUUGUUUUAUCUGCCAAGAUGCUUUGUGUAUCUGUCAAAUUUUAAAGGUUUUUCCUUCAGUUUAGAUUUUCGAAUCCUUCUCAUAAUGCUGUACGGUCUGUUGCCUGCAGCUGUGAAUCCAGUCAUAUAUUGUUUCAAAACACAGGACAUCAAGCAAUCCUUAUUCAUGAAACUGCACCGGACUAGAAUCAGUAUAGAGCAGAGAGGAUUUACCAUGAAUAAAAUCCUCUCACGGGUGGUGGGUCCACAUGAGGACGGCCCCACGUCAGUCGGGCUGUGCCCAGCCGGGACCCGUGGAAAAAGGCCCAGCCACCAGGCACUCACUGUCGAGCACCCACCCCAGGCCUGGCUCCAGGGUGGUGCCCUGUAA